AUGACUCUGCCAAAAUCCAUCGCCGUUUCCUCUGCCAUGCAAUCUCAUCCCCAUCAAUACACCCAUAUCCACAACCACAAUCAUUACCAACCCAUCGUCGUGCAUCAUAACGCCAUGUCCAUCGCUGCAAUGAACAACAAUAACGACAUACCAUUACCAUCUUCAAAUUCAACCACCAUUGACACUCCUCAAACUAAACACGAAGACGCUAAGGAGAAACCCACUCAGGAUACCGCCAAGAAUCCAUCCUCUUGGGACCCUGAAGAUGAUAUCCUCUUGCGUCAUUUGAAAGAAGUGAAAAAAAUGGGGUGGAAGGAAAUUGCACAAUAUUUCCAUAAUAGAACUCCAAAUGCAUGUCAAUUCAGAUGGAGAAGAUUGAAAUCGGGUAAUUUGAAAUCAAACAAGACCGCUUUGAUCGAUGUCACGGAAUAUCAUGGAACUCUAAAGAUUCUUAAUAAUAACGUGGAAGCCACUAUUAAAUCUAAUGGGAACAAGAAGUCUACUGCAAAGACUAAAGCUGCAAGAGCUAAUUCCAUGCAGGAGAUUAGCCCUUCCAUGCCUCAUGUCGAUCAAUUACCCAGUAAUCCAGCAACAGUACCUGUUCCACACCAUUUUAAACAUUAUACUCCAGAACCAAAUCAAAUCUUACAACCAACAGCUACUCAUCAAAAUUUCGUCACUUCACAGCAAAAUUCCUUUAAUGGUGGUACAUCCUUCACUAAAUUUGCUAAUCCUGCACCAGCAUUACCUGACCCAUCAGAAUCUCAAUUCAUUAAACCAAGAGCAAACUCUCAUGGCUUCAUUAAACCAUUCUCCAUGCAACCUUAUCAUACCCCAAAUCCAUCAGCAAAUAUGGAAGGUGAACAUGUUGGAUUCAUCCCCAAAGUGUUUGUCAAGUCUAGAAGAAGUUCCAUUGCAAUCCUACCCUUAGAAUCGUCAGCCAUGUCUCCAACAUCUUCCACAUCCAACAGUAUUAAUAACGUAUUAAAUACCACUUUGGUAACUUCUAGAUCAAGGAAACAUUCCUUUGCUAGUUGGACAUCAAGACGUUCUUCAUUUAACGUGUCUAGUAAUACCCCUUCCAGGAGGGGAUCAAUGGUCAUUGCACCAAAUUCUAUGACUAAUGGUCCAAACUCUAGAAGAGAAUCUAUUGUAAAGAAGGAAAUGUUCGCUCGUCGUAUCUCAAACACACCAUCUAACAUCUUCCCUUCAUCUUAUAGUUUCGUGGAUUCACCAACAGUACAACCAAGAAAGGAUUCUAGAUCAAAUAUUGAGACUCAUUCCCUCUUACCAUGGUCUAAGGAGGAAGAUUCACUUUUAUUGGAAAAUAAAUCUAGAAAUUUAUCAAAUACUGAACUUUCAAUAUUAUUACCAAAUAGAACAGAAACGGAAAUUCAAUGGCGUAUUACCACAAUGUCACAAGAACAACUGCAAUCGCAAAAUUCAUCAGAUUCUUCCAUGUCACCAUCUCAAUCACCAAAGAAGGUUAAUGGGUUGAACUCUACAACAAUCAGACACCAUAAUGAUAAUAAUGAUGAUCAUCUUGAUCCAUUACAAAGACAACAUAAUAAAUCUCCUAACAACAUUUCAUCAACAUCAACUUCCAAGGACGUAUCACCAUCACCAACUUUCAACUCGAUCGACACUGAUGAUGAUUCUUCCGUGACAACCGCAGUGGGUAACAUGAAUAACAGCUCGACUGAUAUGAAUAAGAUUGAUUUCGGAGUAUAUAAUCUACAUUCGCAAAGCGUUACACCAAGAAUUAUAACUCAGACAGAUACCUCUUCUGUUUCAAACCAAUCUCAACAUUUACCAAGCAUAAACACUAUUUUCAACAAUAUGAUGUAA